AAAAGAAGCAGUAGCAAUGUACCUCCCGUAAGGAGACUGCAAGUCAGAUUUUCCCCCUUUUUUCAUGCUCCAAAAUGUGACUGUGCCUUACUGGACAGCGUUGGAUCUUACCCUUUGCAUUUGGAGACAAUAGAUGGAUUCCAAAGUCGUUCGAGUUGUUUUCACCGCGCUUUUGCUGGACAUACUUGCAUUCACGGUGAUAUUACCACUUCUGCCCAGAUUACUGCAAUUCUACCGAUUACAAGAGGCUGGAGAUGAGUCUACAAUACUAGGACGUUUAUUAGCUGUAGUAAACCAAUACAAGCAUCUUAUAUCAAGCACGAGAGCUACCAAUGAUGUUCUAACGGAUAAAUGGGACCUCGUUCUUCUUGGAGGAUUUGUUGGUUCCUUAUUUUCGUUUCUUCAAUUCCUGGUAUCACCUUAUAUCGGUAAAAUAAGCGAUAGCAUAGGGCGACGAAAGACUUUGUUAUUGACCAUGAUUGGAAAUCUUAUAUCAACGGUCCUGUGGGUAUUCGCAAGUUCGUUUGAUGCCUUUCUCUGGGCAAGAAUUGUGGGCGGUCUUAGCGAAGGCAAUGUUCAGCUUAGUAUUGCUAUCAUAUCAGACGUCACAGAUGAUCAGAAUCGAUCAAAGGGAUUGGCAUUGGUGGGUAUAGCAUUUGCCAUUGCUUUUACCAUUGGUCCUGCUCUGGGAGCGUACUUUGCAUCCUAUGACCUUACUCGUAUUAGCCCGGCCCUGGUUGAAUAUGGUGUAUAUCCUUUCUCAAGUCCUGCCCUGGUCGCUCUCGUCCUUCUCUCAGUCGAAGUGCUCUACAUCAUGGCUUAUUUACCAGAGACAUUCAACUCACGUCAAAAGAAGGAAACAACAGAUGAGAAGAAAGUCCAGCAAGAAGCUGAAACCCCCGGGCAGAUCUCGAAGCGCUUAGCAAACUUAAGGAUUUUAAAUGCCAUCCAUGCCUUUCACUUGUUCAUUUUCUCUGGCAUGGAAUUCACUUUGGUUUUCUUGACCUUUGAUAUCUUUGAUUAUACCAAUAUGCAACAGGGAAGACUCCUCGGCUUUAUAGGCAUCAUGUCUUCUCUUAUCCAGGGAGGUUAUGUUAGGCGGAAGGCACAUGCUGUAGGGGAGAAGAACAUCAUUCUGCAAGGCGUCGUUGCUUGUACGCUAGGACUUUUGAUGUUUACGAUAUUGGCUCUGUCGCGGGACAGCAUGGCAUUGCUCUAUGCUGGAGCAUUUUUCUUUGCUGUCACCAGUGGCACUGUCGUCAGUUGCCUGACCAGUCUGGCAAGUAUGCAAUGCAUUGACAGUGAUCCUCGCUUAGCGAAAGGUCAAGCGUUAGGAGUUUUUCGUAGUCGUGGCCAGCUGGGUCGCGCAUUUGGUCCCUUGGUUGCUUGUGGAGUCUACUGGGCUUAUGGUCCUGUAGUGUGUUAUGGACUUGGUUCAAUUUGCAUGCUUAUUGUUACCGCUACUGUGGUUGCCUUUAUUCCACAACCUCAAAAGGUUAAAAAACAAGACUAGAGAGUAACGCUUUUACGACACACACAACCCCCAAUCCACCCCCUUUCCCUCCUCUCCGAUAUUCGGCCAAUUGUAAAAAAAAUAGUACGUUGCAUCUACUGUGUCAAAAAAAAAUUAUACAUUAUAAAGUAAAAAAUGGGUUUGUGAGAUGCAAAUCACUUUGUCUAACGGGCUAUGAUGUUGUAAAACAGUUCGGUAAAGGAGCUGAUCCCUAGUAAAAAACUUAAGCUGCAAAGUAAUUGCUGGGAAUAAUUCCUUCAGAGCCAUCCUGCUUUCUAGCUUGCCACCAGUUUCCUUUUUUAUCCAGCACCUCCAACACUUCUCCUUUAGCAAAGGAGAGCUCUGUUGCAUCUUCGGGAUUGGCUUGAU